UAUACAUAACUUAUACUAUAGAUUCAGCAUAUACGAGUGUUUCCCAAAACUGUUAUCAAUUUAUUUGAUUACGCAUGCAUCAUGUUGAUUAUGUAUAACUGAUAGUUUUAUUAUAUUAAGAGUUUUAUAAUUCAUAACUAUUCAAAGUCCGUGGCAAAUCACAAAUAUUGUACGUAAUUUUUCGCAUUAUAAUAAAAGAUGCCAGAUAUUACCGAAGUUUCUAGCAACAAAGUUUUCAGCGGAUGGCAGAAAGUCUAUUCGCACGAAAGCUAUGAAUUGGGAUGUAAAAUGAAUUUUGGAAUCUUCCUUCCACCGCAAGUGGAAGAAGGACCUGUACCCGUCAUUUAUUGGUUAUCUGGCUUGACAUGUACAGAAGCUAAUUUUGUUCAGAAAGCAGGUGCACAAAAAUAUGCUUCUGAACAAGGAGUAAUCUUAGUUGCACCUGAUACUAGCCCUCGCAAUCUUAAUAUACCUGGAGAAGAUGAUGAUUGGGAUUUUGGAACUGGUGCUGGUUUUUACGUUGAUGCAGUAAAGAUGCCGUGGAAAAAACAUUACAGAAUGUAUAGCUAUGUUACUAAGGAACUACCAGCUUUGAUUAAUGAAAAAUUUCCUGUUUUACCAGACAAACAAUCCAUAAUGGGUCAUAGUAUGGGUGGACAUGGAGCUUUAAUAUGUGCUUUAAAAAAUCCUGGUUUAUACAAAACAGUAUCUGCUUUUGCACCUAUAAGUAAUCCAAUUUCAUGUCCAUGGGGGAAAAAGGCAUUCUCUGGUUAUUUGGGUGGAACAGAAACUAAUGCUGCAUGGAGAGAAUGGGAUGCUACAGAAUUAGUUAAAAAGUACAAUGGACCUCCUUUGGAUAUUUUGGUUGACCAGGGAAAAGAAGAUAAGUUCUUGAAAAAUGGACAAUUACUACCAGAAAAUUUACUAUCAGCUGCAAAAGAUGCUGGAUUAUCUCUAGUUCUUAGAUUUCAAGAAAGCUAUGAUCAUAGUUACUUUUUUAUAUCUACAUUCAUAGAAGAUCAUAUUAAACAUCAUGUAAAAUAUCUUAAAUCUUAAUUUAAUAUAUGUACUUAUUUUUUUUUUUUUUUUUAAUAUGUUUGUCAUCGAAAAGUAAAUCUUAAAUAAAAAUAAACGUUACAA